GACGGUUCGUCUUCUCACGGUGCUUUGACACAACAUGGCGGCUGUGCUGCGGGUCGUGUCGGGUGUCCGGUUCGGAGCCCGAUUCGCCACCUGUCGGCUCACUAGAAGCUCCUCUACCUCCGCCGCGGACCCGCCCAGGUCCGGCUUCGCUGCGGCCUUCGACCAGCAGUCGGAGCUCCGGCGGAAGGCGCAGAGCUCGGCGGCCGGUCUUCGGGUCUCCUCCGCCGGCCAGGACCAGACCUUCGCCUCGCUGCUGCGCCGGUCCCCGCUGGUCCAGAUGGGUCCGGCCAAAGACAAGCUGGUGGUCGGGAGGAUCGUCCACGUGGUGGGGGACGAUAUGUACGUGGACUUUGGCGGAAAGUUCCACUGCGUGUGUCGGCGGCCGGCGGCCGGAGGAGAGAAGUUGCAGCGGGGAACCAGAGUCCGUCUGCGGCUGCAGGACCUGGAGCUCACCGCCCGGUUCCUGGGGGCCGACACCGACACCACCCUGCUGGAGGCCCAGGCUGUGCUGCUGGGCCCGCUGGACGGACGGGAGCCACAGAACCGGGACUGAGACACGACUGUGGACCUCAGCCGGACUAAAUGUUGGUUCUGGCAGCUGGACGAGCAGAACCUCAGCUGAACCUCAGUAGAACUCUGGAGCUGCUUCCAUGAAACCUUGAAACUGAUUCUGAUGUAAACUGGAACCGGUUCUGUGUAAAAACUGUUCAAGUGAAUGUUUAAAUUAAAUAUACUUUACAGAAUUAAACUGUCAA